AUGGCGGAAAUGAUGAAGUCAAUGCGUGAAGAGAUCCGGAUGUUGAAAUCUCAACAAGGUCCAUCUGGUAAUCCUCAGCAUACCAGUACAGAAGCUGAGUCGUGCACGUGCAAGAUUUAUCAACAUCAACAUAACAAACAAAUGAGCUGCCCUGUUAUGGCCCAAUUUCUGCCAAACACUCUCUACUACAAACGUUUCUUUCCUUACUACUCAUUCAAUGUUUUAGGUGGUCUCGAUAAUGAAGGCAAGGGUUGUGUCUUCACAUACGUUGUUGUUGGUUCCUACGAGAAGGUUGGAUAUAGCUCUCAAGAUUCUGGUUCAACACUUAUCAUGCUUGUUUUGGAUAAGCAUCUAAAGGCUCCCAGCCCUCUUAUAUUGCCUGCUCAGGAUGCUGUCACUCCACUUUCUGAAGCAGAAGCAAUUGAUUUGGUGAAAACAGUUUUUGUUGCUGCAACUGAGAGAGAUAUAUACACUGGAGACAAGGAGGAUACCAAACAAUGGAAAUCCAUGCGCAGAGCCUAUGGGGCAGUUUGGGACAUGGCAAAUCCACCAACAAGCAGCAGACCGAUCACCUUGAGAUUCCAAGCUACAGCCAGUUUAGGGUACACUUAUUGGGUUCGCUCUACUGAUCACCUUGAGAUGAAUGCUGUUGGACCCAAAACGGAUGCUGUUCAAAGAGGUGUACAACCAGAUCAGAUUAUUUUCACAGAUGUUGCCAUGAAGGGUGAACAUAUCAAGCGCAGUGCUUUAGCAGAUUUAUUCUUGGACACGUGUCAAUAUCUCUAUUUGUGUUUGGGUUUGGAUUGUGUUAAAGGGAUUGUCAACAUCUCUCUUGAUGUUGCAAAAUAUGGCUUCGAUCAUAAAGCACACUCUGCUGCUGAUUUUUGUAGCUUAGUUUAUUGUGGUGUUCUAUUUGUGUUUCUCUUUUUUGAGUUUCUUAUGGCUUGUUGGACUUAG